AUGAAUGUAUCCAGAGGAAUUGGAGCCUUGAACAUGUUGUGGCAAAGAUGGGGCAUUACUGAGAAUGUUCAUGUAAGAAGAAAUGGGGUGAGGCAUAAGGAAAAGGUUACCAUCGAGCCGGUCUUCGUGAAGGUCGAGAAUCUGGCGCCGGGAACCUGCGGUCACACUCUGACGGUCAAGGUCCUGACAUCGAAUACUGUCCUUAAGAAGGGGAGAGCGGCCUCCGCUAAUCUGCGCCAGACCAAAAUCGCUGAGUGCCUCGUCGGUGAUGAGACCGGCUGCAUCGUUUUCACCGCUCGAAAUGAACAGGUUGAUAUGAUGAAACCCGGUGUCACUGUGAUCCUCCGCAAUGCAAAGAUUGAUAUGUUCAAGGGGUCAAUGAGGCUGGCAGUUGACAAAUGGGGUCGAGUUGAGGUCACUGAACCUGCUAGUUUUACGGUUAAGGACGAUAACAACUUGUCACUGGUGGAGUAUGAACUUGUUACUAUGCCACAGACUGAAUAGGAGCUUAAUGCAGAUAAUCACUUGGUUUUGGAGGAAGAAUUUGGGAAACCUCUUCUAAGUAGUUUCUUUCGUCUCACUUCAUUGGACAAAGGGUGGAAGUAUUUACGUGAAACAGGUUGAAGCCAAACAAAAUCUCACUGAAGCUAGUUUUAUGCUUUUGUUUCGUUUAUGUUAUCUGAUGGUCUCAAUUAACCAACUGAUAAUGCGCAACUCAAGUGUGUUUUAGUGGAUAUAAUGUGCGUGUGAACUUGGUAAGCACCUAAGUAUAAUAAGAAUAGCUGUGGUUAUAUAUCAACUUUUCUUAUA